AUGUUACAUACAAUCGUGAUUUUUUGUGUUACUUUAUUUGCUUACGCUGAAGAAAUUAGUCCUGGUCGUUGUCCACAUGUAAUGUUAGAUACUCAGUUAAAUUUAUCGAAGUAUCAAGGACAGUGGCAUGAAUAUAAAAGAAGCACUAAUAUUUGGAGUAAUACGGAGAAAUGUACAUCAAUGACAUACAAAAAAAUUGGAAACCGAUGGACGGUUAUAUUCGCAGGAAUUUCAUCAGUGUAA